GAAGCUCUCAAACUAGUUCCUCUUCUUCUGUGUCGCUAGGAUUCCAAUCUUAAGUCGGUUGGAAAAUGAUUUUCUUUGUUUUGUCUUCGUUGUAUUCCAGUGGAAGAAAGAAAUAGCUCGAGAUUCGCGUUCGACAGCUUCUACCUUCAGUUACUCUUUCCUGAAACUUUUCUUUUUCUGGACUCGUUCUCCUUCAAAAUACUCUUCGCAAUGUUGCAAUGGAUGGGAGGUUCCAGGCGGAAAGUGACAACUUCAAGGAAGUCUAUGCACAAGAGGCAAAAGCAAUACUUUGAGCAAAAGAAACGACAGCAACAGCAGCAGACAGCGGGGUUGGAGAGCUAUACUGCUGAUGGAAUGAACGUGUGCGUCCAGCAUCACAAUGAACACCGAUCACUGGAUGUUCUCAAUUUGCUAAACUUGUCGACGGUUUCUCAAGAAUGCAAGUCUGCCUGCCCUAGUGGAAAGGAAGAUCUACAGGUCAGUGGUUCAGAGGUAAAGUAUAACAUCAAAAAAGGACCAUCAACAAUUCUUAACCACACAGAUGCUCUGGCCAACUCUGUUGAGUGUAAGGAAGAAAGAAGUCCAUCACAUUGCCAAGUGGAAGUUGUAUCUCCAAAGAAUCUACUUAGCGUCCACGAUGAUAAUCACAUUGUUCUGAACGGAGAUGGUUCUAAAGUCGAUCUCUGGAAGACAGUAACUGAGCAGCAGCUCUCUGUUCUUGAUUUGAUUGGUGAUGAGGAACCAAAUGGUAAUAAGGACGGUACCCCGAUGUAUGAAGCUCACGCUGCAUUUUCAGUUGAAGGUUUGGGUGAAGUGGGAACAGAGACACCAGUCCAUUCACCACAACAACCUGGCAGAUAUUUUUCUUUUGGUCGCUCCUCGCCUUUGAAGGCUACAAGGCAACUUAAUAUGUCGAAGAAACGUAACUAUCUGAUGGAUGACCUUGAACUAGACGUGGAUCAAAUGAUGAAAGAUAUCAAUAUGCCCCCAAGUGAGAGUUCUCUUGACUUUUCAUCAGGCAAAAUGCAUUCAUAUAGCAAUCCCAAUCAGAAAUUAGCUGCUGUCAGAGACUGCAUGCAACAUGAUGGUCAUGGUAGUCAAAUAAAUAGUUUACUUGGUGACAGAAGUUUCUUUAAUGACCUUGAAAGCGGCAAAGAAGAUAUAUGGGAUGCUAGGUCUUGCUUCCUAGCCGACAACUUUCUUGAUGAGAGGGAAUUUGAUGUAUCUAGGAAGAACUGGUCACCUGAAAUAGAUGGUAAUUCUCUGGAUUUUUGGAAAUAUGGGAACUCUGAGAUGUCAGAUUAUGCUUUUGAAGGCCCUGAUCUACUGAAGAAAAGGGAUGCUACAACGGCAAUGGACAGAUUCAACGCCUUAGAGUCACCUGCUUCAUUUUACAAGCACCAAACAUCAGAAAAUGAUCUUGACUUCAUGAUUUACAAUGGAGCAAGACGCCCUACACCAGUGAGAAAGUUUGGUUUUGGGGAUGUAACCAAGCAAUCGGAUUGGUUUUGCUCUGCAACAGAUGAUGGAAGAGAUAAUAUGUGCAUGCUGAGCAGCGAAGAGUCCUGCUCAUCCAGUGCAGUGAGGGGCGAAGUAACCAAUAAUUCACGGUCGAAUUCAGCAGCAAGACGGACUAGAAGACACAGCAAUGCCUGUAUUAGCCCUCGAAAAAAGUAUGGUGUGAACAGCAUUUUUGCCAAAGAGACGGGACAUAAAAGCAAGGAUGAAAUUCGACAAGGGAAUGAUGUGCGAGGGUCAGGAAAAUGUCCGAAUGUGUCAAAACUAUCCCACUCUAACAAUCCCCUCCUGAAAAAUUUAGGACCAAACGAUAGUUGGUUACAUGAUGAAGGAUAUACUACUUCGAAAGUGAAUUCAGGUUUCAUUCCUUUCUCUCGAGAUUCAGAGACAAAAAUUCCAUCCUCAGAAUCCAAGUUUUGGACUGGAGAUCCUACCAGUGAAUUUUCCGUUCCUGGAUCAGAUAUUGAUGCGAGAUCUUCAUUAUUUGGUAGAUCUAAACUUGGAGGAAGUUUGGCAUGCUCACGCUCUGGCAGUUUCAUCACUGAAAAGUUCACAGUUCAUGAUUCCCCUAUAUUCUCGAAGUUUCAGGUUGGGCCAACGGUGCCAGAUUUGUCUCCAGAUUCUAAAUUGGAAGGCACACCGCCAGAAUCUUCCUUUGUGGCUGGAUCUCAUGGUGAGAAACCCUUUCCUGAUAUAUCAACAGAUGAAAGUGCUAGCAAAGAUGUGGAAAAUAAAGCAAAAACCCAGCCACAUGACCGUGAAGAAUUGGAGCUCAUGGGAGAAGUUCAAAUCGGCAAUGGCUUAUUUUCAGAGAAUGAAAAGGCAAAAGAUGCUGCAAGUUCCGGGGGCAACAAUUGUGGAUGCAAAAACGCGGAAGAUGAAGCUCCAGAGCCAAUGCAUAAUUUAAAAACAACAUAUUCUCCUGACCAUGCAGAGCAGGCAUCAAGGUCUCUUGUAAUCUCUGACAAACUUGAAAGUAUCGUAGAAGAACAGAAACACCAUUGCCGUAAUGAAGCUACUCUUCCUUGUCAGAAUGGGGAUAAAGAUAUACAAGUUAUGAGGCCUCAGGAAAGAAGGCUAAUACGAAAAACAGAGAGUAAAUGCGACAACUCAUCUUGUCAGGUGAUGAUGCUUGAAAGCUACGUUCUUCAGCUUCUUUCUGUGAAGAAGGUACUGAUGCAUGCAUCUGCACAGGAUACCACAAAGAAGCUGGAGAGGCUUCAGCAUGAAUUCUUGAGCUCCUUCAUCCAGGCACCUGUUCAAGCAAAGAAAACAUAAAGGGGACAUUCUCGGAUGACACUACCACCACUGGUAUAUGCUUCAUGGAAGGUGACUCCUGCUUGCAGAGAAAGAUCUGUUAGUUAGGCAGUUAUGAGUUACACGCAAUACAUAUGAAUCCUUACUCUGCUAUCAUCUCUAUAGCUUCUUCUAUUAAUACCCUAAUGCUUUUCACUGCUAUGUAAUGAUUAAUUGAGUGGGAAAUCAUGAAUAUCUGUAGAGACUAAUAUCUGAUGCAAUCAAAUACAAAUAUAUG